AUGGGAAACAGUUGUCCAUGCCAAUAUGUUACAUCUGAACAAAUUGACACAGAUGAAAUCGAAGAUCUCAGAGUCGAACCCAAGCGAAAGCUCGAUAUGUCUAAUAUUAUAAAAUUCCAAGCAACAUGGCGAGGCUACUCAUUAAGGAAAAAAUUAAACAAAGAAAUGUCUGACUUCGUUGAGAUGAGACAUACAGAUAAUACCGCCGAUUUUUUAGCUGAAGAUAACCGAGAAAAUAAUGACGAAAUCGGAAAAUUUUUCGAAGACGGAGGACUUUACAAAGGUGAAUUGAAUGGUAACGUCAGAGAAGGCCAAGGAAUUCAUACUUGGCCUGAUGGAUCUGUAUAUGAAGGAUCAUGGAAAAAUGACAAAGCAAACGGAAAAGGAAAAUUCACUGAUUGCCAAGGCAAUGCUUAUAAUGGAGAUUGAAAAGACGACCAAGCACACGGAUAUGGCACUUUUAUUAAAGCAGAUGGCUCGAAGUAUGAAGGAGAAUGAUGGAACGACCAGCCUCAUGGCAAAGGCACAGAAAUUUGGCCUAAUAAAGAUAUGUAUGUUGGAGAAUAUGUCAAUGGAAGCAAAGAAGGACAAGGAGAAUUCAUUUGGGCUGAUGGGAGCCAUUAUAAAGGAGGAGUUAAAAAGAAUAAGUUUCAUGGAAGUGGGACUUAUAAAUGAAACAAUGGAAAAUCUUAUUCAGGGGAAUGGGUGAAUGGGAAAAGAGAAGGAUAUGGAGUAUUUAAGUGGCCGAAUGGAAAUGUAUACAUGGGGAAUUUCAAAAGUGAUAAGAGGCAUGGAAAAGGAAAGAUUACUCUUGCUAAUGGAAAACAGGUGGUUGGAUAUUGAAAUCAAGGGAAGUUUAAUAAACAUCAAGUAAAAAACAAAUAA